GGAAACUGGGAAAUGAGCAGAGAAUUCAAUUACAGCUUUUGCUGGCAGUCGCUGUGGUUAUAAUAGAGUUUUGUCUGAGCUGUUAGGUAGGACUGGAUGGUGCAGGCAGGAGUGCCUCAUUGGGGCUCUGCCACGAAAAGUCUUUGGCCUGCCUUCAAGCAACAUUGGGGCAUGCUUUGGAGUCUGCCCAGGAAGUGCACUGAAAGGAGAGUUUGUUUAGAAUCCGACUCUGCUUCUUUAUAUCUCCCUGUCCUUCGCAUAGUGUGCGAAGCAAAGCUGAUGUAACUGCAAGCUGAAAGGACUAACAAUUUAUUCAACCCAGCAAUGAAAAACUGCUGAACUGACUUGAGCCGAGCUUUCUUUGGAAGAGGGAAAACAAAAAAAAAUCAUGGCUUCAGCCUUCAUGUGUGGAAUGGAAGAUCUGCUGUUCAGUGGCAGUCGCUUUGUAUGGAACUUCACCAUCACAACUUUGAGGAGAUGGUAUAGUGAAAGAGUGAGGACUUGUCAACAAAUGCUGAGGACUUGGUGUGGACUGCGUGACAUUUAUCAGAUGACGGAGGGCAGACACUGCCAAGUAAAUCUCCUGGAUGGCAGGAAACUAGAGCUAUUGGUUCAGCCCAAGCUUUUGUCCCGGGAGCUGUUGGAUCUGGUGGCCUCACACUUUAAUCUCAAGGAGAAGGAAUACUUUGGAAUAACCUUCAUUAAUGACACAGGUCAGAGUAACUGGCUGCAGCUUGAUCGCAGAGUGCUGGAUCAUGAUUUGCCUAAGAAAGCAGGACCGGUGACCUUAUUCUUUUCGGUCAAGUUUUAUAUUGAGAGCAUUUCAUUUUUAAAGGACAUUACCACUGUGGAAUUAUUCUUCCUCAACACCAAAUCUGCCAUUUCCAAGGGCGACAUUGAAGUGAGCAGCGAGACGGUGUUCGAGUUGGGCGCCUACAUACUGCAGAUUGGUAGCCACAUGAAUGCACAUGUUUCUAUUCUUUUUGCUCUGCUAUUAAGAGUUAGUGAGCUGUAUGCAUGCAUGGUGGAAGAGAAAAGUGACGAAAGUGCAAGAGAUGAUCUAAAGAAACUCCCAGCUCUUCCUACACAAACAUUGCAGGAACACCCAUCACUUGCAUAUUGUGAAGAUCGAGUGAUUGACCAUUACAAAAAGCUGAAAGGUCUCACCAGAGGGCAAGCCAUUGUCAAUUAUAUGACUAUUGUGGAAGCACUUCCUACCUAUGGUGUUCAUUACUAUGGUGUAAAGGAUAAACAAGGAAUUCCCUGGUGGCUUGGAAUUGGCUGCAAAGGAAUUGGGCAAUACGACUUUCAUGAUAAAGUCAAACCCAGGAAGAUUUUCCAGUGGAAGCAACUUGAAAAUUUGUACUUUCGCGACAAGAAGUUUGCAGUUGAAGUGCACGAUCCUCGCAGAGUGCCAUUGUCGAGAAGAACCUUUGGGCAGAGUGCGUUGGUAGUAAACACAUGGUAUGCGAGCACCUCACAGAUAAAGUCCAUUUGGGUGAUGGCAAUCAGUCAACACCAGUUCUACUUGGACAGAAAACAGAGCAAAGCAAAGAUUCCAUCAGCUAGAAGUAUCAGUGACAUCGCAAUGGACUUGACUGACACAGGAACAUCAAAAGCUUCUAAAUUAGCAACUGUGGAUGGGAAAAAUCCACUCAUUACAACUAGUAAUGGCAGCCUAAUCUCCUCAGGUUCCCAGGACUCUGAAGUCAGUGAUGAGCAAAAGAAAGAGAAGCUGAUUGAAUUAAAGCAACGACAAAGUACAUUGCAGGAAAUCCUUGGUCAAAAAAUGGAAGAAUUGAAGAAAAUUUGUUUGCGGGAAGCGGAGCUGACUGGCAAGUUGCCGAAAGAGUAUCCACAAACAACAGGAGAAGAACCUCCGCAUAUUAGGCGACGUGUAGGCACAGCUUUCAAACUGGAUGACAACCUCCUGCAAACUGAAGAGGAUCCCUAUUUGCAAGAUGUGGAGAACAAGUUUGUAAUUCAACAGAAGAUUGUGGAAGCUGCGAGGAAACUUGCCAAUGACCCUGACAUCUGCAAGAACCUUAAAAAGAAGAGGAAACUGGACUACAUUGACGCUUUGAAAAAGCUUCAGGAAAUAGAGAAUGCGAGUAAUGAAUACAGAAUAAAGUGUGGGAGAAAACCCACACAAAGGGCGUCCCUCAUUGUUUCAGAUGAGGGCAUCCCUUCAGAGUGCAGUUCUUUGUCGGAUACGAAUACAAUGGAUGAUGAUGACCUACGUACUGUACAGAGACAAAGAUCCUUUUCUAGCCAGCAAACGCCAAGACCGCUUCCUCCACAGUCCCUUGAGAUUAAGCACAGUCGACAGAGGAGGAGUUCUACAAGUGAACAGUUUCAUGAUAAGGGACACGUAAGACAACCAAGAUACAUCAGCAAUGAAGCUUACUACGUGCAGGAUAGCUCACUGCGUAGUCACAGAGAACUGAGCUCAACACACAGCAGCCCUUACAGAACUCAAGGGAGGCAAAGCCAGGGAGGAAGAAGUAUGCCAGCCACACCAGUUUUGACUCGUAACGCUUACAGCAGCAGUCAUCUACGACCUGAACUUUCCCCAAAGCACUUUAGACAGCGCAGCGGCAGUUUGGAAUCUCAGCCGAACCAACAAGAUGAGACUGUGAGUGAAACUGCAGUAUUCUCCCUCACGCCAGCCCAAAGAAGUAACAGUACAGAACUGCUGGACGAUGGGUCAUCCUACACCAGUCAAUCGAGUGCAGAGUACUACAGCUCAACAAACAAACCUCACCAAUACUACAGCACCAUGACCGUGGGCUGUCGGUCAAGAGAAAGAAGAAGGCACAAGAAACCAAACAUUUCCUCCGCAACUUCGGGGAGCAUGCCUAAUUUAGCACCUAAGGACGGGAGAAAUGGAGUUUAUCAAAACUCCCAUAACCAACCUUCAUCUGACUACUAUAUUCCAGGAUAUCAACCGUACAGUGACUUUGAACCAUGUGGAUACACGUAUGAAAAUGACACUGAAGGUCACUACAAUGUCAAAGCCCCGUACAGAUCAUUGCAUUCUGGUGCUGAAUACUAUAGAGGUUACAGCCACUUUUACCCGGACGAAACUGAUAGCAUGUCUCAGAAUCCAUAUGCAACCCUAAGGAAUCCGCGUAGGGGAGGUGCUAAAAAUGAACAAAUCACCAAAAACAUCCAGAAGGCCUUGGUAGCAGAAAGUCUUCGUGGCUGGUAUGAGCGUGCCUCGACGCACAGGGAUCACAGCCUGCAGGCAGGCUUGGACUCAUACAGGGGCUCACAACAAAGUCUGGGUUUUACUUAUAUGCAAGGGCCAUUUUCCACAACCAGCAGAGCUACAAGCUUUUCAUCAGUCUCUUCAGCAAUUAGCACAGGAACCUGGAGGAGCCAGCACACUAUGGGUCUUCAAGAAUAUGAUCCAGUACCUUAUACAAGCUCUUUCAAUAGCACCUACAGCAAUACUGCACGACAGAGCAGGCGUAGUUCCUGCAUCUCCUUUGACGAUCCUUUUUCUGCUGAGUUCCACCAUUUCCUUGCCGUUGGUACCGCUCCUACCAGACACUCGUCUGCCUCUUCCUCCACCUUUUCCUCCGCUUCUUCCACUUCCUCUUUUCCUCACAAAGAACAGGAGAGUUUACCAAUAUUUUCUGAGCACAACCAGCACCAUAUCUACAGAAACGAAAUAUUCAUUAAAUACUCAAAUUGAAAUUGUAGUCAGCGGUAACCUUAUCCAGAAAGAACAUACUUGGACAACGCAGACCGUGGCAGUCAGCUCGAGGAGGAUCUAU